AUGUACCCUACCCACGACCGGGCGGCAGCGUUUCGCCGGUCCUUCAGGUGGAUGCGAAAGUGGGCCAAGGGACACGGCCUUCCACACCGGCGCCGGAGCAACUUGAAGACCAAGUCUGUCGAGGAACGCCUGCCGGAGAUCCGGCAGUGCACCAUGCAAGUCAUCUUUGGGCCGGGAAAGAGUCUCAUGCGCAUUUCUGUCCUUUUCCGAGGCACGGGGAAGCGGAUCUCGCCGGUGGAGAAGGCCGCGUACCACAAGAACGUGGACUUGUUUUUUUUUUUCCAGCAGAACGCGCGGGCGAACCAGAACUUCUGCAUGGAGUGGGCCAGGAAGUCCUACCGCUCGAGCUUGAUGCGCGGGAGGAGUCAGCUCCCGCGUGAAAGGACGCUUCUUCUCUUGGACAACUUGCACGCGCAGACGACGGAUGAGUCUAAGGAAUAUGUGUCGAAGGAAUGCAACACGCUCGCCUGGUAUUUUCCGGCCAACACCACGGGCGAGCUACAGCCCGUGGGUGCAGGAGCCGGACGCAUGCUGAACGUCGAGGUUGGGAAGCAAGUGGACAUUUGGCUCGAGCAGCCGGACAACAUCGAAAAGUGGGAAAGCAGCGCGUUGACGGCCCGCGAGGAAUACUGGUUUCGCCUUUUCGAAAAGUGUGGCAUGGCGAUGACAGUGGACGGUUCGGGCAAUGAAAGAAUCACGUUGGAGGAUUUGGACAAGCCGUACACCUUCAUGCGCGAUGAGGACUCCAGCGACGACGAGGAACCUUCAGAGGCUGGCAACGAAGGGAACGAGCGGGGGGGGGUGACCAGAGGGAUCGGAGGGAGGGGGGCGACAGCGGGGAGGGCAUGGAGGACGGCGAUUCCACCGACAAAGAUGAUGAUGGCAAAUACAACCCGCGGCCAGGUUGACGAGCUGAGCGUUGUGGACGAAGAUGACAGUAUGGGCCCGGACGAUGAGAUUCGAGGCAUGGAGAUCCCUAACGGUUUUCGCGUUCAAGCGUCUAAACCUGCUGCUCUUGACAGUUCGUUGCUGCAGCGUGGAGAGCGUACCCGCCACCUCUAUGACUACCGUUUGCAUCUCGAGCUAGACCAACGUACGCGCAGCAUGAAGCUGCCGUUGGGCAAGUACAGUGGGGAUCCGGAUGCGCAGUGGGGAUCCGGAUGCGUUGCCAAGGCACUUGCACCCGCCCGAGUCAUCCGCAAGGUGCAGCUGAGCACCAACGAGAUCGGAACCUCAGGGGCCCUGGCUGUGGCACGAAGCUUGCGGGACAAGAAAGACUUGGAGCUCGAUGCGCUCGGCGAGAUGGACGACAACGAUGAAGACGGUGACGACGACGAGGAGGAGGAGGAGGAGGAGGAGGAAGAGGAGGAGGAGGAAGAGGAAGGGGAAGACAUGGGCGGGCAGACCGCUGCGGCGGAGACUGCUCCGAAAGACGAUGCCGAGAUAGACGAGCUCGCAGCCGCUCUAGGGGCUGUCACCGUUUGA